AACAGAGGGAGCUCUGUAGAGCUGUUGUCGGUCGGAACGGAACGGAUAGGUGGGACCGAAGACAGAGGAAAAGAAGUGCUAGUAGCAGUGGGGAAGUAUUUCACGGCACCGCACCGGGGCCACCGAUUGAUUCACUGGAAACCGUUUUUGGAAGGCAGCCCGUUUCCUUUCGUCUCCGGUACUGUCUGCGGAACAAGUGUCACCAGCAACAGACGGUUCUGUUGCAUCAGUUUCGCCGUAGGUGACCCCCCACCCCUCCGCCAAAAUCCGGCUGUUAGAUGUGACCACGAGGUUGAUAAGGAGAAGCCACCAUGUCUUAAGCGCAGACGGGCCCUCCGGGGCCCUGUCCCCCUACCCUGGCCCGCCGUCCACCUCCCCCAUCCACCACCUCACCCCUUCCCCCAGCCCCAGCCCCAUCCCGCUCCCGAACCUUCCUGCACAUGCGCGGGACAGGCUACCCAGCUCCGGCUCCCCGCUGGCACACCCCUCCCCUCCCCCUAGAGAUGAGCCUGCAGAAACACCGGCAGUUGGGCGGCGGGGUGAUGGGCUCCGACCGGGACCUGCAGUCCACGGCAUCUUCCAUCUCCCUGCCCUCUGUGAAGAAGGCCCCGAAGAAGAGGCGCCUCUCCCUGGCCUCUCUUUUCAGACGACGUGGUCGAGAGUCCAAAUCGGCGCGCCAAAGGUCCAGAGAGCUCCAGCACCCGGGACCCUUGGGGCUUGGAGGGGUGGAUGGCAUCGCCAGCAUCGAGAGCAUCCACUCCGAGAUGUGUAACGACAAGAACUCUGCCUUCUUCUCUGUGGCCGGGACCGGAGCUGCCUCUGCUGCUGCUGCUGCUGCUGCUGCUGCUGCUGCUGCUGCUGCUGCUGCUGCUGCUUGCUCCGCUGCUGCUGCUGCUGCUGCUGCCUCCACCUCAUCUGCCUCAGGGCCUUCCUCCUCCACCUCCUACACCACCUCCUCCUCCACGGCGGGGAGCGGGGUGGGGGCAGAGCUGCUGGAGUGCCCGCUGUGCCUUCUGCGCCACUCCAGGGAAAGCUUCCCCGACAUCAUGACCUGUCACCACCGCUCCUGCAUCGACUGCCUGCGCCAGUACCUGCGCAUCGAGAUCUCGGAGUCGCGCGUCAACAUCAGCUGCCCCGAGUGCUCGGAGCGCUUCAACCCGCACGACAUCGCCAUGAUCCUGGGGGACCGGGCCCUCAUGGAGAAGUACGAGGAGUUCAUGUUGAGGAGGUGGCUUGUGGCCGACCCCGACUGCCGCUGGUGCCCCGCGCCGGACUGUGGGUUUGCCGUGAUCGCCUUCGGGUGCGCCAGCUGUCCCAAGAUCACGUGCGGCAGGGAGGGCUGUGGUACAGAGUUCUGUUACCACUGCAAGCAGCUGUGGCACCCCAACCAGACCUGUGACGCCGCACGGCAGCAGAGAGCCCAGAGCCUCCGCCUGAGGACGGUCCGCUCGUCCUCCCUCAGCUACAGCCAGGAGAGCGGCGCUGCAGCCGACGACAUUAAGCCAUGUCCGCGCUGCGCCGCUUACAUCAUCAAGAUGAACGACGGCAGCUGUAACCACAUGACCUGCGCCGUCUGCGGCUGCGAGUUCUGCUGGCUCUGCAUGAAGGAGAUCUCGGACCUGCACUACCUGAGUCCGUCAGGCUGUACUUUCUGGGGGAAGAAGCCAUGGAGCAGGAAGAAGAAGAUCCUUUGGCAACUGGGGACACUGGUGGGCGCCCCCGUCGGCAUCGCACUCAUCGCAGGCAUAGCCAUCCCCGCCAUGAUCAUCGGCAUCCCCGUAUAUGUGGGGAGGAAGAUCCAUAACCGCUAUGAAGGCAAAGAUAUCUCCAACCACAAGAGGAACCUGGUGAUCGCUGGAGGAGUGACCCUCUCUGUCAUUGUGUCUCCGGUGGUGGCUGCAGUCACAGUCGGCAUCGGAGUUCCCAUCAUGCUGGCUUACGUCUACGGCGUGGUGCCCAUCUCGCUGUGCCGUAGCGGAGGCUGCGGUGUCUCAGCUGGGAACGGAAAAGGGGUCCGCAUAGAGUUCGACGACGAGAACGACAUGAAUGUCGGCAGCGGUGCGGCUGCCACCGAUACCACGUCAGUAGCAGACGCCAGGAACAACCCCAGUAUAGGUGAAGGAAGCGUGGGGGGGCUGACGGGCAGUCUGAGUGCCAGCGGCAGCCACAUGGACCGUCUGGGGGCCAUCAGGGACAACCUGAGCGAGACGGCGUCCACCAUGGCCCUGGCCGGGGCCAGCAUCACCGGCAGCCUCUCCGGCAGCGCCAUGGUCAACUACUUAAACAGGCUGGAGGUGCAGGCUGACGUGCAGAAGGAGCGCUGCAGUCUGAGCGGCGAGUCUGGAACCGUCAGCCUGGGCACAAUCAGCGACAACGCAAGCACCAAAGCAAUGGCUGGAUCCAUUCUUAACGCCUACAUGCCCCUCGACAGAGAUGGGAACAGUAUGGAGGUCCAGGUUGACAUUGAAUCCAAACCUGGCAAACUGCGGCACCAUAGCGGCAGCAGCAGCGUUGACGACGGCGGCGCCCACGCGGGCCGCUGCGGCUGGACCUGCCCCUCCGGCGGCUGCCCCUCCGGUGGCUGCGCCUCCUCGGAGGGCAAGGGAGCCUCCGGCAGGUGGGCCAAAGAGGCGUGCUGCUCCUCCUCCUGCAUCGGGGGCAAAAAGAGCAAAGGCAAGCUGCGCAAGAAGGGCGGCGGGGGCACCAAGAUCAACGAGAGCCGCGAGGACAUGGACGCCCAGCUGCUGGAGCAGCGCAGUACCAACUCCUCGGAGUUCGACUCCCCGUCGCUGAGCGGCAGCCUGCCGUCCGUGGCCGACUCCCACUCCAGCCACUUCUCCGAGUUCAGCUGCUCCGACCUGGAGAGCAUGAAGACUUCCUGCAGCCACGGCUCCGGCGGUGGUGACUACCACACGCGCUUCGCCACCGUCAGCCCCUUGCCCGAGGUGGAGAAUGACCGCCUGGAGACCUGCCCCGGCUCCUCCUCGGCCUCCUCGCAGGGACACGGGGCUGUCGUCGCCCCCCACUCCCCUACCUCCACCACCUCCUCCCUGGGCCACGGCGCGGAGCUCUCCCCUCUCUGCUUCAUCACGGCGGAGAACGUCAACCUGGUGUGCCCCGCUGAGCUGGACUCUCACAGCAACGCCAGAGAGCUGCUAAAAGAAACCAACAACAACCACCACCAACCACCACACCCCACCCAAACCCAGCAGCAGCAGCCCAAGAACUCCUGCAUACAGACUGACAUCUGAAAUCUCAACACCUUAAGUGCUGCACAGAUGCUAUGUUUAGUUAACAUCUUCUCCACUGAACUAACCAUCACAGCUUUCAGUUUAACCUGCAUUUUCUUUUAUUCCCUUUGUAAAGGGGAUUUCUGUCCUUCAUUAAAAAAAGCAACCCUGAGUAAAACAGACAUCUGUGUGUCUACUGACGGCCAGAGUGCUGGUUAGAAGUAUUAACAGGCAGCCAUGUGAGAAUCAUUAAGGUCAUGAACGCUGGUGUUUCUCCCCCUGUGACCCGCAGACCGCCCAACGCUUUUUCUUUUUUUUUGACAGUCCACACACUCACCACUCGUAACGGAAACGGCCCACUGUUUCGGUCGCCGUCCCACCGACCUGCGUGGGUGUUCAAACAAAACCACUGUGCCGUUUUUUGCUAGUAUUUGAUUUUUUGGGCUCUCUGAUGCGGAUGCAACACCAUGCGGGAAUCUUAAUGUUCCAGCUUUCCAGAAGGGAACUCAAAACAGGGACCAGGCAAUAUGAUUCACUAUUUUAUUUUUUAUUUCUCCCCUCCCAAAUGUAGUAGUAACAGAGGAACCUUUGUAUUCUUGUCUGUAUUUAUUAUUAGACUUUUUUUUGUCUUUUCCCCGGAUAUUUGUUUGAAAUGAACCCCUCCAAGGUAUAAUUGUAAGGCCUGGGCUAAACAUCCUACAUAAUUUUAGCGCUAAAAACAGCUUGUCACACAAGUGAGGUUCUCUUUUAGAACGGGAGAUGAUACUUGACAGCUCUCUCGCAGCUUAACGACCACAGAGUUCAAACCUGUGGCUGAUGUUUCAAAACCCUCAGUGUGUUGGGUUUUUUUUUUAGCGCUAAGAUGACUCAGGAAACCCGGGCCCUGUUAGGUUUCUGUGGGAAGCGUGUGAUGAUGUGUUCAGGGUUUGAUUCGAGGGAGCGGUCUCUGGAAGGCCACGGUUUUCAAAGAUAAUGCUGAAAGUCAUUAUAUUAAGAAAUUAACCAAUGGGUUGGUUCAAUUCUGUGAAAUUGUAUAAAAGAAAAUGUUUUUUGUCCUGUUCAAAGGUGAUUUAUUCCGGCUGAUGGCCUCGCCUCACCGAGUAAGAGAGAGCUCUGAUGUCUUUCUUGGUUAACUCAUGGUGCCUUCAAGAAGCUGUUUGUGUUCUCUGCGUUUGUUUCUCUCUCUCCACUGUGUCUUCAAGACUCAUUAUAGGUUGCAGAACGUCUGUCUGUGUAGGAGGGACGCUCAUUAACUCUCACACGCACACACACACACACACACACACACACACACACACACACACACACACACACACACAUUCACACACACACACACACACCAUUCAUACUGUGGUAGACAUGGUAAAUGAAGACUUCUCAAUUGCCUACCAAAGACAGCACUCAGGCUCUUGUUAAAUCUUAUACCGUAGAAUUGUCACCCGUAUACACAGUAUAGCGGGGGACGAAUGAGGACAGGACCCGGGACUAUACAGACAUACAGACAUACAGACUGCUGUUUUUUCUACAUGCUCCACAAAUGCUACGCAAAUAACCGAGGCCGCGGAUCGGCCCAGAGGCACCUGCACUGUUACCUGUUUUUCUUAUAACUUCGAUGUUCUGCGAUGCACAAAGUUUAAUGGGGAGACGUGUGUUGGUUCUGGGUUCCCCCUCCCUGUUGAUUUGUCCUGCAUUUUCCCAUUUAUGUUGCCAAUCGGUGCUGCUGAGCAGACUUUGACGUCCAAAUCCAUUUUCAAACACUUUAUGUCAGUGUGUGUGCUUUAAGCCUGUCUUCACUGCUCAGUGGUCGGCUUUGUCGAAGGCCACUGAGUCGGCUCAGGUGAACCUCUACCAGGUAGGUAAAAGCAUCCUGAAUGGUAUUUUGACCCAGGUCUGUUACCGACUGAACACCGAGUUCGGUUCCUGCCCCACAUUAAAAGCAAAAUCAUUCAUUUUUAUGUACCCCCCUCGGUUUCGGUUUCUCAAUCCUUCAACAAAACUCCAGUUUCUUGAUCCUAAUUUGAACACUAGUGCCAGAUAUAAUUUGUAAUUUGUGCAGAAUGGCAUAAGGUAUUUGUAUAUUUGUUUGGUAAUUUGCUUUACUAUAUGCGUGUAAAUGCAUAUCAGAAAAAUAAAAAAUAUAU